GUAGCCUCGGCUCGCUCAGCGACCUAGCCAAUUCUUCAUACAAUCAACACCAUGUCACUACUACGCACGGGCCGCUGCCCGACUGCCAUUCGCCACACAGUCGACGGCCAAAUUGCGCCGCUUGCCCCGCUUGCCGCUCGGCCGGUGGUCGCAGCUCCCACGCGCACCGUCAUCGCUCAUGGAGAGCGUCGCUCAGCCAAUAGGACCAAAUGGGCUACUGCUGAGCCGCCGUCUGGAGCUGCAGGGCCUGCGGUCGCCGAGUCUCCGGUGCGGGAGCAGACCGUUGCGGAGCAGAUCUGGGACUGCGCCCAGGAUCUCGCGCCCGUGUUCACCGAGGUGGACCGGCUGGUCGCGGCCAAUGUGCGCAAAGUGCAGAAGGCCUUCCGCGACCACCGCAUCGGGCCCCACCACUUCCAGGGCUCUACCGGCUACGGCCACGGCGACCUGGGCCGUGAGGCGCUGGACUCGGUCAUGGCUCAGAUCAUGGGCGCUGAGGCGGCGUUGAUGCGGGUGCAGUUCGUGAGCGGCACACACGCCAUCGCCUCGGCGCUGUACUCGGUGCUGCGGCCGGGAGACGAGAUGCUGGCGGUGGCGGGGCACCCCUACGACACCAUGGAGGAGGUCAUCGGCACCCGCGGCACCCCCGGCCAUGGCAGCCUGAUGGAGUGGGGCGUGAGCUACCGCGAGCUGGGCCUGACGAGCGAGGGGCGCAUCGACUGGGAGGCGCUCAAGACAGCCGUUGUGCCGGGCAAGACCAAGGUGGCGCACAUCCAGCGCUCGUGCGGCUAUGCGCUGCGCCCCACCCUGUCCAUUGACGAGAUCGGCAAGGCGGUGCAGAUCAUCAAGGCCCAGGACCCCAACGUGGUGGUGACGGUGGACAACUGCUACGGAGAGUUCACGGACACACGCGAGCCGUGCGACGUGGGCGCGGACCUGGCCAUGGGCAGCCUCAUCAAGAACCCGGGCGGCACCAUUGCGCCCGGUGGCGGCUACGUGGCGGGCCGUGCCGACCUCAUCGGCGCGGUGGCGGCGCGGCUGUACGCACCCGGCAUCGGCAUCGACGCCGGCGGAGUGCCCGGAUCCACCCUGCGCAUCUUCUUCCAGGGUCUGUUCCUGGCGCCACAGACAACGGGAGAGGCGCUCAAGGGCGGCCGUCUGGCAGCCGAGCUUCUGCACCGUGAGGGCUUCACCGUCAUUCCCGCCCCCGGCGUGCCGGACGUGUGGUCCAUGAUCACGGCGGUGGAGCUGCGUAGCCGCGAGCGCAUGACGGCCUUCUGCCGCGGCAUCCAGCGCACAUGCCCCAUCGGGUCCUACAUCACACCAGAGCCGGGCGUCACUGCGGGCUACGGCGACGAGGUCAUUUUCGCGGACGGCACCUUCAUCGACGGCUCCACUGCGGAGCUGUCGGCGGACGGCCCCAUCCGCGCGCCCUACGUGGUGUACUGCCAGGGCGGCACGCACUGGACGCAUUGGGCGCUGGCGCUGGAGGGCGCCGUCACCUCGCUGCGGGAGGCGGUCGCCAAGGACAACUGAUGGGCUUGCGUUGGUGGUGGGUAGUGUCAGGGAGUGAGCGAGGGCGUGUGUGUGUGGGCCUGUGGGGCCCGGGUGAGUUGGGAGUCGGGAUGCGCGUGGUGGUGAGCGGAGGCGGUUUGUCGAGGGAGGGGUGGGUGAUGGGUGCGUGGGGCGGUGGCGUGUGUUACCAAGAUUCAUGACACGGACUGUGUGAGUCUGCGAGAUUAGCUGUACGGAGACACUGAGAGAGUGAGAGUGAACUGGACGUUGACAGAGAGGGCGAGAGGGCCGGAGCGAUGGGAGAUUGCCAACAGGGGCGGCGGGAGUGAUAGCGCGUGAGCGAAAGGGCACACGGCGGUGUAUGGGCUGGCCUCCCCAUUCUUUUAUGUGUUCAAGCACGAAUGUCAUUUGUGCACAAUUUUAAGCAUGUUCGGGUCCUAAUCAGGUGUCUUCUUGACCUGGAUGGCGCAUGGGGCCAGGCAAGCGCGAUGAGGACGACGAGGACGACAGCGAGGGCGGCCAGGAGGGAAGCACGUCGCGAUCAGGCGAUUAGGGUUUUGUGCGGUAUGGACCGAUUGCUUGACGGAGGAAUGGUAAGGUGACAACAGGCCAUAUCCCGAAUAGUUGAAAGGUGAGGCUAUUAGCAGUCGCGUUCGGCGCUUUUAAAGUUUGGCAACUA